AUGGCAUUCACAGUCACCAUCGAGAAGCGCUCGGCGCCGGGCAAGCCCGCAUCCAAGGGUUUCCCUCUCACCCUCUCUUUCUCCUCGCAAAAAGCCACGCUGGCCGAAGUUAAGAAACAGAUCGCCUCUGCCUCUCGCAAGCUUACCAUCGAACGCCAACGUAUUACUACCGAGGACAAGAAGCCUUUGGUGGACGAUGACAAGUCGCUUGCUGAGUUGGGUGUCGAGGCGGGUCAGACGCUCUACGUCAAGGAUCUGGGCCCUCAGAUCGGCUGGAAGACCGUCUUCCUCACCGAGUACGCCGGGCCUAUCUUCAUCCACCCUCUCUUCUACUUCCUCGGUCCCAAGAUUUGGCACCGCGACUUUGUCCACUCCAAGAUGCAGACGGUCGCCAUGUCGCUUGCUGUAGCCCAUUAUGUCAAGCGUGAGCUCGAGACGCUUUUUGUCCACCGAUUCAGCAACGGCACCAUGCCGCUCUUUAACAUCUUCAAAAACUCGACCCACUACUGGCUUCUCUCGGGCUUCCUCCUCGCCCCCUUCAUCCAGUCUCCCUGGUUCUCGGCUGCUUCAGUCGCAGGCACCAUCCAGGAUAAGGACGCAUUCAUCUACUCCACAGCUGCCGUCAUGGUCCUCGCCGAAUUGGGCAACGCUUACACUCACAUCAUUCUCAAGAACCUCCGUCCAGCCGGUACGAGGGUGAGGAAGAUCCCCAGGGGCUUUGCGUUUGAGUUGGUCUCGUGCCCCAACUACUUUUUCGAGUUUGUCGCGUGGGCGGCGUUCACCGUGCUCACGCUCAACCCGGCCAGCGCGCUGUUUGCCGCGGUCAGCACGAUUCAGAUGUGGUUCUGGGCGGUGAAGAAGCACAAGAACUACAAAAGGGAGUUUGGCAAGGAGUAUCCCAGGCGCAAGGCUAUGUUCCCUUUCCUUGCCUGA